UUCGGGUCAGGCACCGCUAACUUUUUGUAAAACCAAAACUCAAUUUCCUACCAAAACCCAUCUUCCUCGCUAAAACAAAAAUAACAUGUAUCAUCCGAGCAGAGGUGGAGUUCGCGGUGGCCGUGAUCAAUUUAGUUGGGAUGAGGUGAAAGUGGACAAACAUCGGGAGAAUUAUCUGGGUCACAGUAUUAAGGCUCCCGUCGGAAGAUGGCAGAAAGGAAAAGAUCUACACUGGUAUACCAGGGAUAAAAAUUCUGGGAGUUCAGCUGCAGAUGCUUUAAAAGAAGAGAUAAAAAGAAUUAAGGAAGAGGAGGACCAAGCAAUGAGGGAGGCACUUGGCUUAGCUCCAAAGCGUGCUAGUCGGCCUCAAGGAAAUCGACUUGAUAAACAUGAAUUUUCAGAACUUGUUAAGCGAGGUUCUACAGCAGAAGACGUGGGAGCAGGGCAUGCAGAAGCUGCACGUGUUGACGGUCUAGGUUUUUCAAGGGCCCCACGUCCAUGGGAAGAUCCGAGCACUCUUCCUCUUACUCCAAAAGAAGUUCCACCGGAGCCCGUAAAGGAGGUUGUUGUACCUGAUCCAUCAGCGAGGAACUCCGGAGGAGAUGUAUCAGAGGACGAAGAUGAACGGAGAAGGAAGCACCAGGAGAGGAAACUUGAUAAGGAGAAGAAACAUGAAAGACAUGAUAGGUUUGAUAAGGAGAAGAAACAUGACAGACGUGAAAGGCGUGAAAAACGACGUCCUCAUGAUUCGGAUGACAGAAAGAAACACAAGAAGAAGAGGCAUGAUUCUGACUCUCACUGAAUAGACAUCCACUUUUUGGGUCAUAUGACAAAUUUAUCCUCUCUGUGGAAAUGGAAUUUCAAACCAUUCUCGUAAGAAUCUAAGCAACAGUAUUGCUGAGAUAAUGGUGUCGCUGUAAAGAAAUCUCGUGUAAAAGCCUAAUGCCCACAGAAUUUUCUGCGAGCAAACUGUAAUUUUCCAUUUGGUUAUUCCCAAAAUCAAUAGUUGGGUGGUGGUAUAUACCUAGCACUUUCAAACAAGAACUCAACAAAAAUCAAAGUCUUUUUCAAAUCGAACUGAAACUUGAUCCUUUUGGAACCGAAUAGGUAUUAAGAUUGUUUUUAAUUA